GCCACGGGAAGGACGGACCCGACGGGGCGAUCUAACCCCGGUCCGCCUAAUCCAGCGGAAAAACCCACCACCCGAGCGGUCGAACCCAAUCCAGCGGAAAACCCCACCAGCCGAGCGGUCGAACCCAAUCCAGCGGAAAACCCCCAACCCUAACCCCGACUCGAGCCCAAGUCCCCAUCUCCGACCCCGAUCCGAUCUAAUGUUCCCCACGGUAGACGACCCCUCCGCCGCCGGCGCCGGCGCCAUGGUCUCCUCCUCCUUCCCCGACGCCGACGCCGACGCCUACGGUAACGGCGACUCCGACGACAUCGACUUCCCGGUCGACCCCAACCCCAACGCCGCCUUCUCCUCCGCCGCCCCCGCCGCCGCUCCCACCACGGCUGCCGGGUCCGGGGAGCGGCGCCCGCUGUUCCAGCGCCUGUGGACGGACGAGGACGAGAUCGUGAUCCUGCGCGCUUUCGCGGAGUUCACGGCGCAGCGCGGCACCGCGUUCGCGUCGCACCAGUACGACACGACCCCCUUCUACGAGGACAUGCGGCAGCGCCUCCAGAUGGGGUUCACCAAGAGCCAGCUCGUGGAGAAGCUCCGCCGCCUCAAGCGCAAGUAUCGCAACUGCGUCGACCGCCUCCGCGUCUCCGGCGCCAGCUUCUCCUUCCGCUCGCCGCACGAGCAGGCCAUCUUCGAGAUCGCCCGCACCAUCUGGCGCCCCGCCUCAGACAAGCACGGCCGCGACUCCGACGACGAGGGCAACGGCAACGACGCCCUCGCCAUCGACGCCGCCGCAGCAGCAGCAGCAGCCGCCAACGCCAACGGGGAGGUCAAGUCCUCCUCCUCCAGGUCGCGCCGCGGCCGCCGCAGGCGCACGGGCGACUUCCCCGGUGACGCGGGCGAGGCGGUCGCGCUGCCACCGGCGCCCAUGCCCGUGAUGACCCAGGAGGCGCUCCCGUCAUCCCCCCAGACGGCCAUGGACGGCAGCCUCAGCAUGGACCCUGCUGGGCUGCCGACCGUGCUGUCAGCGGCGGCAGCAACAGCCGCAGCCGGCACCGCCGAGAACCCCAUCCUGGCGGCGCUGUUCAAGGAGAUGGUCCGCGCGAUGCUGAGCAUCGGCGGCAGCACCGCGCCACUGCCGGGGCUGGAGCCGCCGCCUGCGAUCUCGGGAGUGCCAAUGGAAGGGGAGAAGUGGAGGCAGCAGCGGAUCCUGGAGCUGGAGGUGUACCUUCGGCGGAUCGACCUGCUGCAGGACCAGGCGAGGGCGGCGCUGGAGGAGCUCAGAUCCGCACCGCAGCCACGGCAGGGGGCAUGAACAACACAUGAUGAACAUUGAUGUGGUCAGUGAUCUUGGUUGAGCUUCUUCAGCGCUGCGUCUUGUUGCAGAUACCAUCCGUCCCUCCAAGGAUUACUUGCCGGUAGAUUUGUUUAGGCUUGAGCAGCAGGGUUUUCGUCUGUAAUUCUUCUGAUUUUCUGUCCGACUAGCCGCUUCGUCUUUCUUAUUUAUAUAUAUAAUUUAAAAGAUUGUCA